CACAACCCCCAGCCAAUGGUCGCUGUCCCGCCCGCCGCCCCUGUCACCGCCACCGCCCGACUGGUGACUAAAGUCCUUCCCACGGCCAUAAAACCCCCCCGAGCAGGGACAUCGCCGCCGGGGACACGUCGUCAGAGGAUGGGGACCCGCUCAGGAGACCUGGCUCAGCCCCAGAAUGGGAACCCCGCUGGCUCCCCGCCGACCCCCGGCAAGGAGCUGCCUGCGACGGGCAGGCAGGACCCCGGGGCGGGCACCGGGCCCCCCCGGCCGGAGGUGGACAUGCUCUACUUGAUCGAGGACGUGCCCCCCUGGUACCUCUGCAUCCUGCUCGGCUUCCAGCACUACCUGACCUGCUUCAGCGGCACCAUCGCCGUCCCCUUCCUGCUGGCCGAGAGCCUGUGCGUGGGCAAGGACCAGCUCACCGUCAGCUACCUCAUCGGCACCAUCUUCACCUGCGUCGGYAUCACCACCCUCAUCCAGACCACCGUGGGCAUCAGGCUGCCCCUCUUCCAGGCGAGUGCGCUGGCUUUCCUGGUCCCCGCCAAGUCCAUCCUGGCCCUGGAGAAGUGGCGCUGCCCACCCGAAGAGCAGAUCUACGGCAACUGGUCRCUGCCGCUCAACACCUCGCACAUCUGGCAGCCCCGCAUGCGAGAGGUACAUCCCCCCACCGCCCCCGGGCGCCCCAAACCGCCUGGCGGGCUGCUGACACCCUCUCCUCUGCUUCUGUGUGCCUUGCAGAUCCAGGGGGCCAUCAUGGUGUCCAGCCUGGUGGAGGUGGUCAUCGGGCUGCUGGGGCUCCCCGGGGCACUGCUCAGCUACAUCGGGCCGCUGACCGUCACCCCCACCGUGUCCCUCAUCGGACUCUCCGUCUUCCAAGCGGCCGGUGACCGGGCCGGCUCCCACUGGGGCAUCUCUGUGCUGACCAUCUUCCUGAUUAUCCUGUUCGCCCAGUACYUGCGGCAGGUCGCCAUCUACUUGCCCGGCUACCGGCGGGGCCGUGGCUUCGUCCUGUUCCGCGUCCAGAUCUUCAAGAUGUUCCCGAUCAUCCUGGCYAUCAUGCUGGUGUGGCUGAUCUGCUACAUCCUGACCCGCACUGGAGUGUUCCCCAGCCAGCCCGAGGAGUACGGGUACAAGGCCAGGACGGACGCCCGCGGAGAGAUCCUGUCCGUGGCACCCUGGUUCCGGGUCCCCUACCCCUGCCAGUGGGGGCUGCCCACGGUGACCUCGGCAGCCGURCUGGGCAUGUUCAGCGCCACGCUGGCGGGCAUCAUCGAGUCCAUCGGGGACUACUACUCCUGUGCCCGKCUGGCAGGAGCUCCUCCGCCCCCAGUGCACGCCAUUAACAGGGGUAUUUUCACCGAGGGCAUUUCCUGCAUCAUCGCGGGGCUGCUGGGAACCGGCAACGGCUCCACGUCCUCCAGCCCCAACAUCGGCGUCCUGGGCAUCACCAAGGUGGGGAGCAGGAGGGUGAUCCAGUACGGCGCCGGGAUCAUGCUCGUGCUGGGGACCAUCGGCAAGUUCACGGCGCUCUUCGCCUCCCUGCCCGACCCGGUCCUCGGCGGGAUGUUCUGCACCUUAUUCGGAAUGAUCACGGCCGUCGGCCUCUCCAACCUGCAGUUCGUCGACAUGAAUUCCUCCCGAAACCUCUUCGUGCUGGGCUUUGCCAUGUUUUUCGGGCUGACGCUGCCGAACUACCUGGAUUCCCACCCCGGGGCCAUUAACACAGGUGUCCCCGAGCUGGACCAGAUUCUGACGGUGCUGCUGACGACGGAGAUGUUCGUCGGGGGAAUCAUCGCCUUCGUCCUGGACAACACCAUCCCGGGGACGCAGGAGGAGCGAGGGCUGGUGCAGUGGAAGGCAGGAGCGCACUCGGACAGCACSACCAGCGCCAGCCUGAGGAGCUACGACUUUCCAUUCGGGAUGGGCGCGGUGCGGAGGAGCCGCUGGCUGCGGAAAGUGCCCAUCUGCCCCGUGUUCACCGGGUUCAGGGCCCGGGCGAGGGGCAGGGGCGCGGCGGCCGCAGAGGCGCCGGGCGGCACAGACGGSCUCUCGGUGUGCACAAAGGUCUGAGCGAGGGCAGGGUCCCUGGAGGGUCCCGCCCCAGCGCCGGAGGAGCCGAGCCGAGCU